GACAAAUCCUCGUCUGUUUUGGUCCUCUUAUUUUUUCUUGUGCAUUCCAGUAUUCUAGUCACAAGACUUGUCUUGUUUUUAGUAUGUACUGACUCAUCACAAUUAGUGUAGCAACUCAAAUACUUACUAACGAAGGAAGGCAUGAGCUGCUUUCAUCCUAUCCCGCUGCUGUUGUUUAGCUUACUUGGUCACCUUCAGGGCGUGGCCUUGUCACCAGUCCCCUUCUCCCAGCAGCCCUUUGCGAGUGUGUGGAACGCACCCUCGGCUGCCUGCCUCUCCCAAUAUGGCGUGGAUCUCGACCUGGGUACGUUCAGCAUCGGCCAGAACCAAAACCAGACCUUCAUGGGUGACGAUAUAACCAUCUUCUACACAAACAAGCUGGGUGUGUACCCGUAUUACAGCCAAGGCGAGGCGGUAAAUGGCGGCGUGCCGCAAAAUGCCAGCCUUGAGAAGCACCUGACAGCGGCGACAGAUGAUAUCCGCAAGUACAUCCCUGACACGGACUUCCACGGCCUGGCUGUGGUGGACUGGGAGAGCUGGAGGCCCGUUUGGGAGAGGAACUGGGACACCAAACAUGUGUACUGGGAAGGAUCACGUGCACUGGUCCGAAGUAGGCAUCCAGACUGGAAACCUGCUCAGAUUGACGCUUUAGCCCGUGUUGAGUUUGAGACGGCCGGCAGGAAGUUCAUGGAGGAGACGCUGAAAGUGGGUCAGAAAGAGCGGCCCGGUGGACUGUGGGGCUUCUACGGGUUCCCCAACUGCUACAACUACUACAAAACUGGCAACUAUACGGGCGAGUGUCCCGCAGUGGAGUCCAAAAGAAACAAUGAGCUGACAUGGCUCUGGAAAGUCUCGUCAGCUCUCUAUCCAGACAUCUACCUCAGCCAGGAGCUGCGGAACCUCGGCAGGGAGGUGUCACUUUAUGCUCGCCAUCGCAUUCUUGAAGCCUUCAGAGUGGCGCCGCCGCCUCGGCCCGUUGUCCCCUAUGCCACUAUCGUCUACACCUACUCGCUGCAGUUUCUCUCCCAGGAGCAUUUAGUCUACACUGUCGGAGAGAGUGCCGCCUUGGGAUCUGCAGGAGUAGUCCUCUGGGGUGAUCAUACUUUCUCCAAAUCGAAGGCCUCUUGCAACGCCGUCAAAUGGUACAUAGACAAGACCUUGGGUCCUUAUUUGGUCAAUGUCACGUCAGCGGCCAUCUUCUGCAGCCAGACCGUGUGCUCGUCCAGAGGCAGGUGCGCCAGGAGGGACCCCGAGUCGCAGGUCUACCUCCACCUCCACCCUGCCCGCUGGAAGGUGAAGUCAGAGGAGAGGGUGCAGGGCGGGCGCCAUUACACAGUCUUGGGACGGCUCAGCACGCAGGAUGUGAUGCUCAUGAUGACCCGCUUUGAAUGCAAGUGCUACCCCGGGUGGGUGGGCGACAGAUGCGCCACGCCCCGGCGGGGAUAAACACUGAUCCAGUAAGUGAUUCAUGGAACAAGUUGUCCUUUUUUUUUUUCUUUUUUUUUUAAAUGUUUUCCAUCAGGUACCACAGAUAACAUUGUUUUUCAAUUUCUGGAACCAUUCAGUGUAAUUUCACUUCCUUUAAGUGGUGAAUAAUAUUUUGAAGUGAAUUAAAAACACAUUAUAAUUUUAAAAAGCGGAAAUUCCCUUUUCUGAUCAUUUUCGUUUGUGGAGGCUUCACUUCAUACGUUUGAUAGACACACAAAAUGUUUUUCUUAUUGCUGAAGACUGUGUAGUGUCAUUCCUGACCAACAGGUGGUGAUGUAAUCCAGUGUAAGGAACUACAUCAGUGCAUUUUUGAUGUAGGGGGUCCCUGGUGUACCUAAAAGAUAUUUUGCAUUUACAAUGGGGUGCUAUGACACAGCAUUAAAACGAAAUAUUUCUGAGAUUAAGUAUUGAAGAGGUAUCCUUGCUUUUUGUGAGCUUUUCAAAUGAGGCCGGUGCCUCAAUGUUGAUCCUGUAUCAAGUCGCUUGUAUUUUUCAUGCUGACAAUGACCACAUGGAAAUGUCUAUCAUGUGCUUGGCGCAGUGGUUUAGUUGGUUGCUGUCUGAGACCUUUCCGGAAUAGCACGCUGGGCGUGAGUCAGCAACAUAAAAAAAAAGUAUGCUUAUGUUUAUGGGUACUGCUAGACUAGCUGGUAUUAAUGGAAUAAUGAAGACCCCCUCCCUCCA